UACUACUACUACUACCAGCUGAGCGCCGUGUCGGAAUUUCGGAAAUCAACACGCAUCCCCAAACACUAAGUAACAAGUGUUGACGUACACUGUACGCCGUGUCUCGUUAACUUUAUUACUAUGGGAAGACUGAGCAUGACAGCAUUGCAGACGUAAGAAUGGAUUCGCCGUCAAAUGCCCCUGAUUCUACGGGGAAGUUGAAUACUUAUCACAGUGUUAAUGAGAUUCCAUAUAAGGGCGUGUGGCUAAAAGAAGCUAAUGAAGGACGUUCAUCAUUCAGAAGUUCGAGAUAUAUCUUAUUGGCUACAUUGUCUGCAUGUGCAGAACACUGCUGGGAAGAUGCUGCCAAAACAUUACCUCUUUUGUUCUUGCAGACUGACGUGAUUCCAAUGCAUCUUUUGUUAAACUUGACCAAUAGCAUUGUCCGGAACAGUGAAAGUUUAUCAUAUUUAAAGGACUCUGUCUACGAAAAUUUCAUUCCAUGGUUCAAAAGAAAUUAUGUAAUAGCUUUAGGAAUGAUAAAUGAUGAACUACCUGAUAUCAAGCAUGAGAAUAUCCCAGCCUUUAUAGAAAAAAUGGACAACCUUUGCAUGAUCGGGGAGAAAGCCCGUGGUCAGGCAAACAGAGAAAAGUUCAAUAGGUACAAGGUACUGGCUUUAGGUUACACAGCUGUGAUUAUGUUUUGUUAUUAUAAAGAGGAAUAUGAACGAGAAUAUGGUGAACUACAGGAUUUAACUGAAACCGAACUUGAUCAAGACUUCGAGGAAAACAAGCUAGAAGAUAUAAAAGAGAAAGCCAGAAAGCAAGCGAGAAUUGGAUUGUUAAGAGCAUUGGAAAAAUUUUCUUGGGCCCUCUACAUAUGUGAUGAACCUUGUGAAUGGUUGAUGGAACCCUAUCUUCAUGCACUGAAAAUUGUUCAUGGCAACAAAGAUGCUUUAGAAGCUCUGGAAAGCUAUGUACAAAAGAAUUCAUCACAUCUACCAGCCCACAAGCUUGCUUACCAAUUUACUAGGUUAUGCCCAGAAGCAGGAGCAUUUCAGCAAAAAGAGUUGGAGGAGAUUAUAAAACUUUGUCCAGAUGAUCCAUUAGUUAUUACAUAUGCAGAGGACCUUCUUGAUAAAGGUGGUGAUGUGGAAACGCUUAUCAAGAUUAUUAACAUGCUGAUGGAUAUGAUUGAGUUUAAGGAAUGGCGUUGGGAUAUUAGACCUUGGAAAAUUCUCUGCCGUGCAGUUAGAAAUAGCCAUGUUAAAUCAAUAGACAGUUCAUCUCAGGAGUCAGGUAGAAUUAAGGAUGAAUUACAAAAAAUUUCAAAAGAAAGGACUCCCCUGUGGAAAGCUUAUGUGUGGAUUUUCCCUGAAUUUUCAAAGAUUUCAGUAGAUCAGGCUGAGAUUUUAUUUUACAGUACCUACACAGCUUUUGUGUUACAGUAUGAUGAGAAAUUUACAAAACUUAUGGAAAAAGUUUUUGUAUAUUAUGGCUACCAGGAGUUAGCAGAAGACUUGAAGAAUGCAAAACAGUGUUCAGGAAGACAGCAAAAUUCAUUUCUAAAGAAUUUUUCAGCUUACAAAAAUUCACAUAGAUUGCCGUAUAGUACGGAAGAUAUGUUUGGCAACAUGAAAAUCCAAAAGAAUGACAAUAAUGAAAAGGAUUGUCACACAUGGUUGAAUUGUAAUUUAGGAAAGAAUAACCGUAGCAAUCUUGGUAGUGUAAGCUCUGUAGAAUGUCAAGAUAUCCGUUUUAAUGAUGCUGAUUUUUUAACAAGCACCCAAGUAUCAGUUAGCUCCCAUGGGAGUCCUUUGGCAGAAAGUAUUGGUAUGUGCAAAUCCCCCAAAUUGAAUGGCACUUUCCAAGACUCCUAUUCAGAAUUUGGUGCUGAGAUACCAUGUGGUCAAAUGGAUCCAGUGCUACAAAAAGUAGACAUAGAGACAGGAGGCUGUGAUGAUAAUGAUGAUAUUUGUACUAAAUCUGAGGGCUGUGUAUCACCUGAUUUGGAUUCAAUGGAAGAGGGAUCCUCAAGGGAUGAUGAAUAUAGUGACGGGGAAAAUGUAAUUGGACCAAGCCAAACCACUGACCUUAGCUUUGAACCCAAAACAUUAAGCACAUCUUUUUCAAAACCUAAGAGGGAUUUGUCAGAUGUAAAAGUGGGGAAUCCCAAUAGUGAAGCUGAUAUAGGUAGUCAGGUUUCUUUAACAAAAGGAAAAUGCUGGAGUGAUCAGGAGAAAAAUUUAAAUACUCCCAGAUGUGAUUUGCCAAAGCAGAGAAGAUUCUUAGAGUAUGAUGUGGAUGAUUUACCUUUCCCUUUAUUCCAAUCACAAAUGAUAGAUAGUACUAAGGUUAAGGAGUGUUCAGAUAACGGACAAGUUUUGAUAGAAGAUGCAAUUCCCAAAAGAAAGGAAGUUACUAAUGUUGAAGAAGUUAUAACAGAGACAUCAAGGGCACCCAGACAGGAAUCUAAAAGACUUUCAAAUUAUGGAAUGGAUGACCUGCCAAAUGCAAAUACUACUACAUUUUCUUUCAAUCAGGCAAAUGAAACUUCCAUACAGAAUGAGAACAGAGGAAUUAUUUCUGGACAUAAAGACAAAGAUGGAAAUUGUGAAAAUGAUAAGGAUUCCAAUUCGCUGAAAAAUAAGUCUUUCAGCCCCACUAAAAUUCUUAAGAACUAUGUCAAAACUGAGAAGCUUAUCACACCCAAAAGCUCAGCAAAAAAGUAUGAAACAUCAUCAGACAUUGAUGAUGAUCUACCACUCUCAGUGUUGGAAGAAAUCUAUGAUAAAAUGAAAAUUAAGAAAAAUCACAGAACUUCUAUUGAAAAACAUCUAGAAACUUCAAUAUAUGAAAUAGAUGAUUUACCAUUUCCAGAUUUUGAAUCACAAGCACAACUGGAGGAAGUUGAAGCAGAAAUUGCAUUUGAAGAUUAUUCUAAGCAAGAGGUCAAUAUUAAAUCACCCAAAAAACCUAUUGAUAACUCUGAUGAACAGGUUGGUCUCAGUACAAUGAAAAAUCAAGUCACUUACCAAAGCUCUAAAAAACAACAAAAGUCAGGAUUACCCUAUAAAUUAGAGGAUUUGCCAUUCCCUAAGUAUGAAACCUAUGAAUUUGAUGAUUUGCCAUUCCCUGUGUUUGAAUCACAGUCUGUAUUGGAAGAGGCAGGGUCAGCUGAAAAAGAAACUUCUAAGAAAAAAAUUGGUGAAUUAUUGUGCCAUUUUGAUGAUGAAAGCCAAUUGAUAGAAAAUAUAAAUAGCUCUUCGAAAACUAAAACUUCCACACCUUUUGAAGACUUGAACAAUGGGACUAAUAAAAGCAAACAGUUUGUAAGAGAUGAUAAACAUGAAAGGAGCAGUGAUUUUAUGAAGAUUAAAGAUGUAAAACCCGGAGAAGAGAGUAAGCCCUUUUGUAAGGAAGCCAGCAAUGGGAAAAAAAGAAAAAGGAGCAAGUUUCAGGAAAGCUCUAGAAAAAAAGUUAGACUUGAAAAUGUUGCACACCCAGUGGAGCCUUUAGGUAAAAUUUCAGCAGAAACUGGAGGCAUCAAAAUCAAGCAAGAAAAAAUCGAUGAUUAUGAUGAUUUUUUAUGUAUACCAAGGUAUAUUCAAAGUGAUGGUGGUAGAGGUAUUAUUAUUAAUGAAGUGCAAACAUUAGACGAUUCAUUCGUGAGUGACAGGAACACUGUUGAUGGUGCUACAUAUUCUGAACUAAAGGAAGGUCUUUCAUAUGUGAGUCAAGAUUUUAUAGGUAAUGUUUACUCUGAUAGUGUCAUGGUUAAGAAAGGCAUGAAAACUCAUGUAAUAAGUGACAGUACUCCAGUUGGAAAUGAAAGUACAGCUAUAAAAAAAGACGUUGAGAAAAAGAAGAAAAGGAAACAGGUAAAUGUAGAUAACAGUGAUAUUUCCUCACCUACUUGCAUGGUUGAGAUAUAUAAAAAAAAGGAUUUUGACAGUAAACUGACCCAGCAGGAAGCAGAACAAAGUAAGAAUCUAGAUUCAACUAAUUUUUCUGUGUUAGAAAGUAACUCUGUGAAAAGGAAGAGUCCAGUAUCUGUAAACAUAGCUAAAUUCAGACACAAUAAAACAAAGUUUACCCCCAGAGGCAGCAGUAAAUUUGUAAACAGGUGUAGUAAAAUUAAGUUGCAAUUUUCAAGCGGUAGUGGUCACAAUUCCCCAACAAAAGAAUUCCUUAAAACUGAGAUAAUGACUACAUCUCAGAAGAAUGUUCUAUAUUUUGCUGGAAAUAAUAUGCAUGUUAGUGAAGACAUUAAAAAUAAGCUUAAGAAUAAGAAUGCUAAAAAUAUAAUGGCCACUGUGAGGUGUAAGAAUAUUGUUGAGGUGUUAGAAUCAUCUGGAAUAAAAAAAACGUCUUCACACACAAAUCUAGACAGUAGUUCAGUCUUGGAUAAGAAAAAAAGAAAGAAAGAACCAGGUAAAAAUGUGGUUAAUGUGAAGAAAAAAUUAAAAAAGAGCAAAAAAAUAAACCCAAAAAAGGAAAUUACUGAAAAAGUCAGUAUUGGUAUUUCCCUUGGAGAAACGAUGAAUCUUCAAAGUGAAGCAUUAGAUAACCCACUGUGUACAAAAAAGAAAAAGAAGGAAAGGAAACAUAUCGGAAUGGAUAAUACUAGUGAUAUUUCCAAACCUAUACCCAGUGUUGAGAUUGAUAUGAAAAGGGGUUUUCACAGUAAAUUGACCCCACAAGAAGUAAAACAAAGUAACACAGUGACAAUGACACAGAAUUUUUCUCUGCUAGAAAAUAGCUCUAUUAAAACUCGGAGACCAGCAUUUAAGUGUAAAAAAAAAUCCAUACAAGAGAAAAAAAAGUUUAUCCAUGAAGACAGUAGGAAAUGCUUAGACACACACAAAAAAUUUAAGUCACAUUUUUCAAAUGGCAUUGAUUUUAAUGCCUGUAAAAUAGAGUCUAGAACCGAGAUAUUGGAUAUGCCUUGUCAGAAAAGUUUUGAAUAUUCUGCAGGAAAUAAUAUUCAUGUUGGUAAAGACAUUGAAAGUAAGUGCAAGAAAGAGAAAGCUAAAAAAGAUAUUAUUAAAAGUAAGUGCAAGAAAGAGAAAGCUAACAAUAUAACCAAAACUGUUGUUUGUUAUGAUACUGGGGUGUUAGAAUCAUCUGGAACAAAGACAACACCUUCACACACGAAUCUGUACAAAAAAGGUGAUAUUUGUAAUUCUAACCCAAUUAAGAAAAAAAGAAGGGAAGAACCAGGUGUAAGUAUUGGAGGAGUUAAGAAGGUAAAAACAAAAAAUAAAAGAAGAAAACCUAGUUUGAAAAAAAAUAAAGGAGUGAAUACAAAACACAAAAUGAAAGAGAUCCCUGAUGAUUUUGUUACCAUGCAGUGUCAGGUUAAUAUAAAGAAAAAGAAAAAGCCCAAAAGAGAAACAGAAAGUGAAGUUACUGAAAAAGUCAGCAUUGGUGUUUCUCCAAAGAAACUAUGAAUCUUGUAAAUGUGGCAGUAGGCACCUCAGUGGUUA